CCUCUCUGGGUUCCUUCCCCAGGAAAAGCGGAGAUCAGGCUGGGCUUUGCUAAGUCCCAAACCCUUCCCAGGGAGGGAGGGAGGGACUCUUAUUGCAGCAGGGCCCCAGCCUACAAAAGCCCUGGCCAGCAACCUUACCACACAGCACCCUCUCCCUCUCUCAGCUGUCCCCUGCGUUCCCCUGAGAUCUUGGGCUCCAUCUUGGCCACCCAACAUGCCUCCCAACCUCACGGGCUACUACCGCUUUGUCUCGCAGAUGAACCUGGAGGACUACCUGCAGGCCCUAACCCUGCCUUAGGCGCCGCUCACACCUCACAGCACUGGCAGGAGCGCACACUUGGCCCACCUAAGACUCAGCCCCCACAGACAUCAACGUGGUCCUGCGGAAAAUAGUGCUGCUGCUGAAGCCCGACAAGGAAAUCGAGCACCAAGGUGACCACAUGGUGGUGAGGACCCUCAGCCCCUUCCGUAACUAUGUCAUGGAAUUCGAGGUGGGAGUCGAGUUCGAGGAGGACCUGAGGGUCGUGGAUGGACGGAAAUGCCAGACCAUAGUGACCUGGGAGGAAGAGCAGCUGGUGUGUGUGCAGAAAGGUGAGGUCCCCAACCGGGGCUGGAGGCACUGGAUGGAGGGAGAUAAGUUGCAUCUGGAGCUGACCGCGAAGGACGCCGUGUGUAAGCAGGUCUUCAAGAAGGUCAGAUAGGCCAGCAGGAGCUGGCCCUCCAGGCCCUCCUCCGUGUGCCCCCUUGGAGCCCAGACUGUGCCAGGUCAGCGUCCUCGGCCACUCCGGCCCCUCCUCAGCCCCCACUUGUUCAUCGGGAACCUGCAGCCCAGGUCACAGCCCCUCUGCUCCCAUACUCCACCAGCCAGCACCAGCCCAGCCCCGUGUCAAGGUCUGGCCCCUGGGUGCUGAGAGACAUGGAACCGUCUUCCCUCUCAUUCCCUUGGCUUCUUACUUUCCUAGGCUCUGGGCACUUGUCAGUUAGUCAAACCUAUCCUGGUGGGUCUUUGGGAAAAUUGUGACUGGGUUCAAGGUUUAAAUGGAGGCCACUUGGAAGAGUC